AUUUUUGCUUACAGCAAAAUCUUCUCCAAUUUCAUGGCUUCCUCUCUCCGGUUCAGUACUUCAAUCCCUUCUCUCCACCCACUCCCCGCUCACAAGAGCUUCACUCCGAUACGCUGCGGGCCACGCGACAAACGUGGACCUCUCGUCAAAGGCCGUAUCUUAAGCAUCGAAGCCAUCCAAGCCAUUCAAGUUCUCAAACGCGCCCAUCGCAACUCCUCAUCGACGGCAACAACACUCACUCCUCUCCCUUCCCUCUCCCGCCUCAUCAAAUCCGACCUCAUCGCCGCCCUACGUGAGCUCCUAAGGCAAGAUCAAUGCACCCUCGCCCUCCAUGUCUUCUCCGCCGUCCGAUCAGAAUACCCGCCUCCCGACUUGGCUUUGUAUGCCGACGUCGUCGCCGCGCUGGCCAGGAACCAGCUCAUGGAGGAGAUUGAUAUGUUGAUCGAGGAGCUGGGGAUUAUCGAGUGUGAUGACGAGAAGGCCCUUGUGAGGCUGAUCAAGGGUGUGAUAGGGGCUGGAAGGAAGGAAUCAACGGUCAGGAUUUGUGGGCUGAUGAAGGAAAAUGGGAUCGGGUCCAGGAGAAAAGUUGGGGAGUAUGUGGUCAAAGUUUUGAGUAAAGGGUUGAGAAGGUUUGGGGAAGUGGAUUUGGCUUUGGAGGUUGAGAGGGAAUUUAGUGAGUUACCUAGGGUCAAUUUGGACAAAACUAGAAUUUAUUAGAUUUGAUAACUUUUGUAUUUGUCUUGUAUUUUUUUAUUUUACCAUAUUAAUUCAUAUUUAUCAUAUGGUAUAAACUUAGGGUGAGCUAUAAAAUUAUUAUUUCGUUCUUUUU